AACCUUCACAACACUAAGAACUUACCACAGUAUGCUCUAUCUGACCAUUACUUCCCAAGUGAACUUAUCAAACUGACGAAAAUCCUUCAGAAAAACAUCAUGGCUGACCAGAACCUUCCCGAGAUGUCCGCAUCCGAUGUCAACUUCAUGUGUCAUGUUUUUAUGCACAUGACCGAGAAGCCCGUGAUUGACUGGGACAGCUUCGCUGUUGCCGCUGGCUUCAAGAGCGGAGGUGUCGCUCGAACUAGGUGGGGUCAGAUCAAGCGCAAGUUCACACCGGCUGAUCAGGCCACCCCCAAGAAGAAGGCUGCGCAGGCUUCUAUCGGCACCCCGACUUCUGGCUCGAAGGUCGCGAAGCCCACUGGACGAGUUGGCUCCAAGGGCGCCAAGGGCGCCAAGGGCAAGAAGAUCGCCAAGGAUAAGGAGGUCGAGGAUGAGGAGGUCGAGGACGAGGCCGGUGAUGACAAGGCUGUCAUCAAGACCAAGGAAGAAGUGUUCGACAUCUAA